ACCAAUUAUACACAUUUAGUCUCAAACUGCACACAAAGUGAAUCAAACUUCCAACUCAGAGUCGAAGGAGUUUAAACUUUUUGAAUUUUCUUCUUAGUAACACCUGUUCAAAACAAAGUUUUUUGUCAUUUCCAGAAAGACAACACAACAUUUGGUUUCAAAAUGGAAAUAAAGAACGGUGUCCAAAAAAAAUCGCCCAGAAAAGAGUUCAAAAUAAGAGACGCACUGCUUACCACCAAGUUCGAAAACAGCGAAGACGGAAGAACAAUUUAUAACAUAUUUGUUGUGAUAUUCGCUAUUUUGUUAACAUACACCGGUUUUGACGAGUACACGAAAACAGGAAAAGUGCGGUUGUCUUUUCAUUUAAUAUGGUUGGGUUUCAAAAAACUUGACCUGGCCAUUUUAGUAUGGUGUACUUCAAACAUUUUGGCUUGUUUAAGUUACACGUGUUUUAAAUUUUGGGCCAAGGUCCGACUAACUCUGGAACCUAAAGGACAAAAAGUAUGGGACAAAAUUUGGUCCAUGAUUUCGAUCCUUUAUUAUUUUUUAUUUCUGUACGGUCUUCAAGCAAUAGGACACACUGUCAAGUUUGGCAAAAGUUCUGCCACUUUCAUUUUUAUGGAACAGGUGCGACUCUUAAUGAAACAACACGCUUUCAUUCGCACAAACGUGCCUCAAGUCCUACGUACCAAAAUGCAUACCGAAACUAAUUUAGAAUUGCCAAAUUUUGGGCAAUUUUUUUAUUUCCUGUUUGCUCCAACUAUAAUUUACAAAGACGAAUAUCCUCGAACUCGACAUAUUCGUUGGAAGUUUGUGCUUCACAACAUAGCAGAAAUGUUUGCAGCAAUGUGGUUCUACGCUGUUAUAGUGGAAAAGUUCUUGAUUCUUAGAUUUAACGACAUAUGCCUCAGGCAAUUCACUCUCGGCGAAAUUAUAGCCCCAAUUUUUAGUAAUAUUUUACCGGGGGUUUUAUUUAUGUUACUUUCAUUUUACGGUGUUUUGCACUCAUGUCAGAACGCGUUUGCCGAAAUUCUUCGAUUUGGAGACAGAAUGUUUUACAAGGAAUGGUGGCACUCAAAAUCGCUUGCAGAAUUCCAUCGAACUUGGAAUAUCUUAGUGCAGGAUUGGUUGUAUACAUACAUAUACAAAGAAUUCUACGAACUGAUCAUUCCAAAGAAUAAAAAAGCUGCUGGUUUCGUGGUUUUCUUCGUGUCUGCAGUGGUCCACGAAUGGUUGAUGAUUAACGUGUUCAGAUUCUUUCUACCUAUUAAUUUUAUUCUAUUUCUAACAAUUAGCGCUGUUCUCACCGCAGUGGAUAUUUCGUAUGGAAAAUGGGGAAAUUUUUUAGUUUUGUAUGGGAUUACCAUAGGUUUAGGCAUUGAAGCUAACUUAUUUGCGCUUGAAACUUUCGCACACGAUAAUUGUCCCUUAAACGAAAAUAUCACUAGUAUGGAGUUUUAUAUUCCUAGAUUUAUUAGAUGCGGUUGUAUUAAAUAAAAAU